AUGAGAGACGCGGUGACCUCUGGACAGGUGGAGCGUGCAGAACCUCAUAGCACUUUGAACAAUAUUUGGGGAAUAUUCUUGACAGGUGUGCGUUGUACACUAGGUGGUGCUGUUGCUACGUUUUCUAUUGGAUCCGAGCACCAGAGAUCGACCGACAGGAUACAGGAUUUCUUCAAACUCAGGGUGGAUUCAACAUUUUUCCGCAGCAUGUAUGAAAAGGAGAUGAGGAACCAUCAGGAACCCAGCACAUACCAGACCCUGGAGUCUCCGGGGGCGGCUUCCUCCUUCACCGACGAAACCGUAUCCAUGCUGACAUCCAGCAGCCUCCUGGCCCGCUCGCUUCUUGGACGUCCCGCUCCCAUCAAGCGCAAGGAGAGCCCGUCCUCCAGCCUCAGACGCAAGCGAGAGUUCAUUCCACAGGACAAAAAGGAUGAGGGCUACUGGGACAAGCGGAAGAAGAACAACGAAGCGGCCAAACGUUCCAGAGAGAAGCGCAGGAUGAACGAUAUGGUCCUAGAGAGCAGGGUUUUAGCACUUUUAGAGGAGAAUGCACGGCUGAGGGCUGAGCUGUUAGCGUUGAAAUUCCGAUUUGGGCUCGUCAAAGACCCGUCCAGUGCCACGAUACUCCCUCUGACACAGACUACCCAAACAAACUCGCAGUAUUACCUUCAAAGGGGAGAUGCCAAUAUCUCAAACUCCAUUCACAGCACUGGUCAGAUUGGUCAUUUAGCGUCUAAGGCAAGCAGGGAGGCUGGAAACAUGUCAGAAGAUUCCGGGUUCUCAACACCGGGCGGGUCGAGCGUGGGCAGCCCGGUUUACUUUGACGAACGCCUACACGAGAUGGAGAAGCUGUCCCCGCCUCAUCGAGGAGAGGAGCUGGGAUACGAGCUGCACCAUUCCCCCAGCGAGGCCCUCCACAGUCCCCACGUGUCCAGGAUAGAGCACACGGACAACCUCAAGAACCUCCCUCACAAACUGCGCUUCAAGACGCCGGGGAACGGGGAGGGGUGCGAGCCGGCGGGGGAGGCUGUGCAGAAGGCGCAUAUGGAGACGGGACAGUGGGUGAACCACGGGGAGGCGGCGGCGGAAGAGAGAGCCAGGAGGUCCCCGCUCUACUCCCCUCUUCCUUCUCCCGCGGUCGGACAGUCGCCGGGACACAGUGACGUUUAUCGGCAGGAGAACCACACGCUCAAGUCGCAGAUCUCCUCGCUGACAGAGGAGGUGGCCCAGCUCAAGAGGCUCUUCACAGAACAGCUCAUGUCCAAAGUCUAG